AUGGCGACGAGUUUUCGCAUAAGUGAAUCAUCGAUAGGUACACAUGUAAUCGUGAGCUUGUGCAUGAUAGGGCUGACGCUGUGGCUGAAGUUCGAGCCGGGGUUCCAGGAGUGGGUGGACUUUAUGCGCAUCGGCGAGUACUACAUCGGCAUCUGGAUCCUCCUGGUCUCCGGGUUCCUCGUCUUCUUCGUCUCGAUCGGCAGCUGCGCCGUGACGCUCACCGAGGAACGGCCCCUCCUUCUCGGCAAUCUGGGCGCACAGGCUUUCUGCUUCCUGCUCCACCUGACCGGUACCACGGUGCUAUUGGUCUUUUCCACCCAGAACAGCGCCAUCCAGCCCAUCAUCCGCGACUCCAUGAGGAACCUCAUAUCCAACUCGCAGCACGAGCACGUCUCCGUCACCCUGAGGAUGAUCCAAGAAAACAUCGGCUGUUGCGGGGCGGACGGGCCCAUGGAUUACUUGAACCUGUUGAAGCCCCUGCCAACCGAGUGCCGCGACACCGUCACCGGCAACGCCUUUUUUCACGGCUGCGUGGACGAGCUCACUUGGUUCCUCGAGACAAGGUCCGUUUGGCUGGCCGGGGUCGCCUUCGCCCUGUGCCUCUGUCACGUCAUCAUCGGCGUGUCGUCACUCGUCCUCUACCAAGCUCUCCAGAAGGAAGAAAAGAUGUUGACUUACAAGCGUUGACGCUGACGACACGUCUCGUUUUGUUUGGUUUUUUUUCUUCUUCUUCUUCUUCUUCUCCACUUUCGGUAUGUGUAUACGUGUAAAAAAAAUGUCCAGACUUGGAUGUUUGCCUCGCUGGUGGUCGUACGUGUGUGUGUGUGCGUGCGUGUAUGUGCGUGUAAAACAAAACCAAAAAAAAAAAUCAUACGUUUCGUUUUUUAUCUUAAUAUUAAGGUGCGAGUGUGAUCGCAAAAUAGUGACGUACCGAGGGAUUUUUCCAGUCCUAUGGGUGCUUUUACCUUCGUGUUCUUUUAUAUUAAAGAUACGUCAUGUAAUAUAAAUAUACGUUUCACGAUAAAGUUUUUUUUUUUUUUAUAUACAUUUGUACAUGUCAUUUGUAUUUUGUUUAGCUAACGAAAAAAGAUGCACGUAGGUUUAAAACGCAACAAAUAAGAUAUAUAUUUACUGUGUAAGCAACGAAUAGUCCAUAUGCAUUUUAAUAAAUUACUAUAAAUAUACGCAGAGU